AAUGCACUUCGCCACAAUGCCAAGAGGAGCUCACCCCACUCGGCGUGUCGGCCGUUGCACUAUUGCCAUUACACACCAGUUCACCCGAACGUCGCAUCACACAGAAAGAAAUCAUCGCCGGCGAAGAGCGUCCCAAAUACGUUCUACAAUCGCAGUAUAAACCAUCGCCAGUCAAAGAUAGAAAGGAUAAUCGUUUGAAUGCCAAGAAGAAUAAACGUUUUGUUGUUGAAACUAUUACCACUAUGACCACAGUAACGGAGCGGCGCAUUGUGCGUGAAGCCAGCGAGGACGUAACGGGUGCCACUGAUCUCUUGCCACCAGCAUUACCGGCCAAACCCGGUGCAAUUGUGGCCGCUGCUACGGGUCAGCCAAUGCCACCACAACAACAGCAGCAACAACAGCAACCACAACAGCCGUCAGCUGUGGGCGGUGAGGUGUUUGAUGAGGAGAAACCGCCACCCAUACCACCAAAAGAGUCGUCACCCACACAAAUUAGCGGUAUUCUGAAGGGCGGUAAAUUGUGGAAGCAGGAUUCAAUGUCACAGCUACAUCAUUACGAUCAAUAUUAUGAGAGUUCACACGACAGUCGGGACUUUUAUCCGGACUUUUAUCCGGCCAAGGGCUUUCAACUCGUCAGCAUUCCAGAUUCAAAAG